AUGCCAGCUUGCACCAGCGAAAACGUCUCGAGAUAUUGGUCUUCGAGCCCGCCGAUUUCCAGAAGCAACAGCGUGUCUCCCCCGAUACCAAGUUCACCACUGUCUACCUCACCUCCCUUGAUAUCGCCGAUAUCAACUCUAAAACGAUCUAUGUCGAACGUUUCUAAUCAUUCCAAUGUAUCAAACAUCUCCCAAUCAUCGCACAAUUCGGGUACUUCUGGUACUGUGAUAUUUUCACCGAGACGACAGCAACAUCAACAGCAACAGACGUUACAAUUAAGCUAUCAGCCCCAGUCAGCACAAGGACAGAAUCACAAUCGAAACGAUUCGUUGUUACUAAGAAUUUUCUCGGUCUAUAUAGAUGCAUUAUACGGAGCACUUCAAAGUAUCAUCAGUCUGAUAAGUUACGCGAUUUGGGCGCCGGCGCUUUGCGCAUCCAUUUGGAUUUAUAUGCUAUGGCUAAUUUUCCAAUUUCCCUUGACCACUUUCAAGUGGUUCCUGACCGUGCUCUAUACGCCAGCUUCGAAGAGGAUUCGUAGCAAACGCUGUGUUCUUAUCAGCGGUGGAAGCACGGUACAGGCGGUCCACCUAGCGCGAAAUUUCUACAAGGCAGGAGCCAGAGUGGUGAUUUGCGAGUUGGAGGGUUCGUUUGGCUUGGCCAAGUUUUCGACUGCGUGCUCCAAGUUCUACACGAUUCCAAAACCAGGGCCGGGAAAUGUAAUCGAGUACAUCAAAGCUUUGAAGGACAUCGUUCAGAAAGAGAAGGCUGUCUAUUAUAUUCCGGUGAGUGCUAGUAAUACAGCCUAUUACGAUGCUCUGGCGAAACCUUAUCUGGAGGUAAUGGGUUGUGAGUGUUUCGUGCCCAGUGCCAGUGAAGUGACAGCCCUGGAUGAUCCCCUAGAACUAUUGCAAAGAUGUCAAACGCUGGGUUUAUUGACUCCCUGCCAUACUGUUUUACGCUCCGUGCAAGAUGUCACGAGAAUGUACGAACAGAAUGCGUUUUCUACUGGAAGAUACUUGAUAUUGGCCGCGGGUCCGGCCGGCAUGAGAGAUCGAGGCAAGAUAAUUCUGCCGCCGACCAUAAGGGAGUUCAGAAACCAGCAGUACGAGAUCAAUGAGAAUAAACCUUGGAUAGUAAUACGUGAUCCUAGCGGCAAACAUUACAUCACUUGUACUACGGUGAAAGAGUCGAAGAUCGUGGCCAACGUGACUUGCUUCGUGGACGAGGAACGAGGCUUCAUACCUGAAGAACAUCCGGAAAUAGUGCAGUGGCUGGACAGAUUUUUCGCUCGUUCGUUUAGCACUGGAAUCAACGGACACUUGAGCUUUAGACUCGCAGUAACAGAGGAAGGAGAAUUAGUACCAAUUGGCUGUCGAGUAGGUGUUAGCUUGCCGUACAUCUGUCAUACGGGAAUCCAUCCUCGAUUAGUAUGGAAACCUUGUCGACACUUCUCCAGACAGAAUUCGGGAAUCUCGACUAUGUCAGACAGGCAUAUAUUAUCGGACGCAGUGUCUUAUGCACUGAAACGAUCAGUGGGAGAAACCGUUCCUCAUCUAUUAGGCACCGUGCUCGACAAGCGGGAAGCUCUCUUCGCUUAUUGGGAUCCAUUGCCAUAUUGCGCUUACUAUCAUCUUCAAUUGCCAUUCAGGCGUCUGGCGGGUAUAAUUCGAGCACGGCCGGUACAGCAUAAUCCACCAUUGGCGGUAGUGCAGUAAUUUUUAGCUAAAAUUUAGCAAACUUUUGCUCAACGAACAACUAACGAAAUCCAUUUUUUUUAAAGCAGUUGCGUAAACGGUGUCAGAGCGAAAGGAAACAGAAUGGAAUGA